UAAUCUCUCUCAACUUUGACCUGUGGUUUCUAGGGAAGUGUCAACAAUUCAUUCGUUCGCACGAUUGGCGAGGGGUAAAGAUAAUUUUUGCAACUUGACUAUGUUUGAUAGUUAAUAGUUGCAUGUUUGUCGUUUCUCAACACCUUGUUGUUAAAUAUUCCAAUCGAGUCUCAAUCUUUGUGCGUCACCUAUACGGUUGCAAAAAAAAUCGCAAAAUAUGGCAACAACUACGGAAAUGAAACUGCCGGAUAUUUCUUCCCAGUCGAUUUAUGCUGGAAAGUAUAAGGACUGGACACCGAAUCUCCGUCCGGCUGGAAAACUGACUGCAACUGGUGACAAAGUAUCGACAUGCCUGAAACCUCCUUCUGAUGGCAGGCCACCAAGCCCUGAAGUUAUUCGACGAUUUCGUGCCACCGUGAGACCAGAUGCUGGGGAAAUGAGGGUAUUCUAUGGAAAAGCUCGUGAUCCCCACCUUGUUCAGGCCAAGGAAAUGGCACAUGGCAUAAGUACCCAGCCGUCUUUUUUCGCAAAAGAAUUGGUCAACCCGCGGCCAAAGUCGCUGUUUCAGCAGCGGAAGCUGGAUCGUAAAGAGGCGCACUACGCGAGCCACAUUAGCGCACCGCUUGGCAGGUCGCAUAACCAGGAGACGGGGCUGCCAAAAGGGCUGGACAAGUACCAGUUCACUUUUGGAAUUCCCACUGAGUUAGAUACUGGAGCUGGUGGAUUGGUCAAUCCGAACAAAACCUACGAAGACGUUGAGAAGGAGAACGAGGUGGGACAUGAGCUGUACCGUCGCUCCCAUCUUGACUUCAACGUCGGAGAGCAGCUUCAUAGGGCCUACACUUCACCUAACUUCAAACCAACCACAAAGUUUGGAAUCCCAACCCCUCAUGAUAAUACAGGCAAACACCUCAAGAAAACAUUAAAAUGGCUGCAUGAGGCAGAACAAGAAAGAGCAACAAAAAUCGUCUCGAAACGAGUUGACGAGUUUAGGGAAAGGAGUCAGGAGCAAUUAGGACAAGUCCAUGAUCCCAUCAAGGACACGCUGAGAGUGCCGCCCGACCACACGUUUGGGAUCCUGCUGAAACCAGAUGAAUAUGGGGCCGGGGAUCUGCUCCACAUGCGCACUCCGGGGCAGUACCUGCGGGGGCGGGACAGGCAGCGGGGCGUGAUCUCUGCCAUACGACAACACUUGAAGAAGGCUAACUAUCACAACUUCCAGGACCUCACGUCAGCAUUUAGACACUAUGACAAGGAUGGCAAGGGCAAAAUUGACCUGGAUGAUCUACGAGAGGCGUGCAUCCAGUUCCACCUGCCAGUGGAGCCCGAGCUCCUUAUCCAGCUCAUGGAUUACUGUGACAUGGACCGUGAUGGCCGCAUCAACUACGUAGAGUUUGCCAACUUCCUCAACUGGAAGGAUAAGAUGCCUACAGGGCUGGAUAUGAAAACAAGCCCCAAAACUCCUGAGGCCCCGGCUACACCAAAACUGUUGUUGAAAGAGGAUGACCUGGUGCCUAAGACACCAACGAGUGCAGAGAACACGCCGCGCAGGCUACAGAAACAGAUUGACCAGGCUAUCGGCGACCACCGCACCUCAGCUAGUAUGAUCAAUGCAGUGAUUGGACCCAAUGGAAUAUCAACUAAAGACUAUCGUCGUUAUGGUGUUCCCACGAUCCGGACUGACCUUCCGGCUCCCCGUAUUAGACGAGCAGACGACCGCAAAAACUACGGAGACGAGUCCGACGCGUUUGGACUGGUUAACCCAUCCCUGUUCAGUCAGCGAGGAGUAUAUGAGAAAGAUUUCUUGCUGCCUCGGUCUAAAGAAGAAAUUAGACAGAUUUUCACUGGCAUUGGCGUUCAAAUGACCGGGCAGACUUUUGAAGAUUUCUACGACGCUGCCGCCAAGAAGCAUCCAAAGGGUUUUGUCAGCGUAGAAUCCUUCCGCAGCAUUCUCGACGAGUCACAGGCAACGCGGGUGAUGUCUGGGCAGCAUCCUUUCUCCGUGUGAUCCAUCAAUGAUGUGUAAUCUGUGUCAAUUAUAAUCUGAUUUAUAAAGGAUAUUUUUGUUUUUAUUUUACUCUGAUCUUGAACAGGCAAUAAAUACAUAUAGUAAUAAAAUUGUUAGUGUAAUAAUAACGAUAUCAUUAGAUUUUGUUUAAUCAGCCAUUUUAUUAAGAGGCACGCAAACUGUAGAAAUAUAUUAAAUAUUUUAAAAAAAGUGAAUAAAUAGAUGAAAAAUACAUGGUUUAGUUUUUGUUCUAACUAUUUUUAUAUUAUAACACUUACAGAACUGUCACAUGUAGUUUUUUAUUACCAAAUGUUAUAUGGGAAGUUAUGCUGGAUGUAGAUACAAUGUUUGUGUUGUUGAUUUCAGUCUUUGAGGAAUGGUGAAUUAAUGUGUUAACAACAUGUAGAUGUAUAAAUUGUCUUUGGUGAGUCGAUGUUAAUACCUAUUGGUAAAUAUCCUAUAAUUGUUGUUUUUGAUUAAUGUUAAAUAACACACUUAAAUUUUCAGUUUUUAGCUUGUUGUGAUCAGUAAAUUUUGUCUAUAAACUCAAAAUUAUCAACUUAAAUAAUAGCAACAUGGUGUUUUUUUAAUGAAUAUUUGUUUUGUAUAAAUUAUACUGUCUAGCUUGUUUUGUUUGUUUCAUUGUCAAAUUUGAACGUAUUUAAUUGUUGUACUGCCUUUAUGUUUUAUACUUAUUUAACAUUACUACCGCCCCCAUCAGCUAGAGUAUUAAAUUGUUGUAAAACAUAAAUAGAAUUUGCAAAGCAAAUGUCUGGCAAAUGUAUAUCAUUGUUCCUUAAAUAACAUCAAAUAUUCAUAACUCCUUUUUGUAAAACACUUUUAAAUAAAUUGCUCUCUUUACUUUAAAGAUGUUUAACUAUGUAAUUAUUUUAUUCAAUCAGCAUUACUAAAAAACUGCUGCUAUAAAUGUGUAGUACCCAGUACUUUAUUUUAAUGUGUUGGAAAUUUUUAAUAUUUUAAAGAUGAACUUAUUUUUACAGUUUAACAUACAACUGACAAGCAUGUGAUAAAAGAGUAUCCAUAAAAUCAUGCAAGAAGUAUUAAACUGUCUGCGAACUUGUACUUAAAAUAACUUUUUUUCAGACAGAUCUUUAUCACAUCACUGUGUGGAGUCUUUCUUUAUGGCCAAAUUUAACUGGGUAGAAUGUUUUAAAUAACACUAGUAUUAUUGCAUCUAUUUACAUCCGUUUAUAACAAUGAGGUUACGUAUUAGGGUGUGUUACAAAGUCUAUUAGAGAAAGAUUGUUAAUGUGUAUGUUCUUUUUAACACUAAAGUAAUCCUUUCUUAUUUGCAGUUUCAUUCAUUCACCUAUGCAAAACAUUCUUAGGUGAGCUUUUGUCAUCACUGUUUGUUUGUUGGGUACAUUCAGUCGCAUUAUGAGAAAACUGCUCAUAAUGCAUGUGCGUAAAGUGUUGUCCCAGAUUAGCCUGUGCAGUCUGCACAGGCUAAUCAGGAACAACACUUUCCGCCUAAAUUGGAUUUAUGCUAAGAAGAGACUUCAUUAAAACAAAAAAUGUCAUAAAAGCAGAAAGUGUCGUCCCUGAUUAGCCUGUGCAGACUGCACAGGCUAAUCUGGGGCGGAACUUUACGCACAUGCAUCAUGGCCAGUUUUCUCAGAACAAGACUCCAUUCUUUUCUUUUGAAACACCAUCUACACCACUGUGCAGAUGCUCACUAAACUUCCCAGGCAUUGUCUUGGCUUGAUCCCCCUCAAAAGUUGUUCAGAUCUUUCUGGUCAUAAUUAUAUUUCUUCAAACAGCAUACACAGGUGAGCAAUCCAAGACCAUCGUGGAACUCUUGUAUAUAUAUAUAUAUAAAUUUAAAUUAAAAUAGGCUUUAAACUAGUGUGAUAUAGCUGAAAGUGUGAUAUCUUUAAAUGAUUUUAAUCCCUUCUUUUUUUUUACUGAGAAAACAUUAGAUUUAAUAUGUAUUUUUUUUUCUGAAAGGUUCCUUUUAGUCAGUGUUACAACUUUAGUAAGGAUGUACGGAUGGAGUUCCUCAAAAUCCAGCCCAUCCGCCCAUGUAUUUUCCUUGUAUGUGUAUUAUAAAAUGUAUCAGCAUUAAAUAUUUUUAUCAAAAACAAAACUGUGAUAGCAUUUAUGUAUUUGUUAUUCUGGUGUUAAUGUAUUUUGAUGUUUGUGCAAGCAAAUGUUUUUUUUAUGUUAAGGUAUAUGAUGUACAUGUAUAAAAACUGUAAAAAUGUAUGUGAAAUAUAAUUGCUAGCCUUUUUCAAGAAUAUCAUGUAUAAAAGGCUGCUUAAAUCAAUAUAACACUUAUAUUUAAGUGUUAUACUAAAGUAGUACAAUGUAUUUUAUAGCACAGAGGAGCAAAAAUUGCUUAAUUUUUAAUUCUCAAAAUAGUAAAAAGAACAAAAAAAAAACAAAAAUGUCUAUCUGAAACCUUACCAACCAAAUUGCUUUGAUUAGAAUUAGUACACUUUAGACCGUUUACAUGGAAACAAAUUACAGGAGGCUAAAUUAGAUGUUCAGUGCAUUACAUAUCAGUUUGUAUCUGUAAAGAAAAUAGACAAUUGUACAAAGUAAAAAUUCAGAACAUCCCCAUAAAAAGGAUGCUACUUUUCGACAGAGCUGUAAUAACAGAAUUGCAUGUCAUAUAUUUUAUUGUUAUUGCAACUUAAAGGAAAGUACACACAAUAUACAGACUAUUUUCUGGUGUAUGUAGCUAUAUAUGUGGGUAGCGGUCAGCAUUAUAAGUACAGAGAUGUACAUUUGUGCUUCAUUAGCUCGGCUGUUUUCGGAGAAAACCCCAGGUAUUGUCAUAGCCAGCUGACGUCGCGUCGUGUCGUCCACGUCAUGCUAGACCCUUUACAUUUUGUCAAAGUUUUGAACAUUGGCUCUAAAAUCAAAGUGCUUCAACCUACAACUUUGAAACUUGGAAUGUAGCUGAACCUUGAUUAGUUCUACAUGCCACAUCCAUUUUCGGGUCACCAGGUCAAAGGUCAAGGUCACUGUGACCUCUAAAAAAAAUAAAAAUCUGACAAGCUUACAUUUAUUCACAACUGCACUCGCAGCCGAGCGUGGCACCCGUUAUGCAGUGCUCUUGUUUUCAUUUUACAUUCGUAUCAAUGUUUAAUGUACCUUCUUUGUUUUAUAAUGCGCCAUGCAUGUCACAAGACUCAAGUUGCCAUGUAGAAAUUUAAUUAAUUCAUCCAGCACCAAGAUUUAAAGCUCUCGAGUAAUUUUGCGCUUGUUUGUAUUUCUUAAGAUUUACCAAAGAAAUAAGUUGUAUUACACUGUCUGUUUGUAAUGAUACAACAUUUUGCAUUGUGAUCAAAUUUAGAGGUACGAUAAGUUGUCACUGCCAAAAUGAUGCAGCAUAUGCAAUGUACCAGUAUUUUCAUGUUGUAUCAUGAAAUUUGUAUUGUGAUUUUUUUAGAAAUAUGUUGCAUUAGAAGGAAAACAACCUAAAUGUUUAUGUUGAAAAUCAGAGCAACAUGGUUAAACCUUGAAAUGUCACUUUGUUGUUCCUCCAAUUCGCACUUCAAUUGUUGUUUUAUUCACGCAGCUUUGUAACUCUGUAUCCAUUUGUAGAUGUGACUUUAAGAUGUGUCGGGAAAAAAAAUUGAUUUGAAUGAAUCAUAUAAUAUUCUGUAGCAUUCUAUAUUUCGGUGAAUGACCAUUUUCUUGGCAUAUGUUACUUAUAUUCUACAAUGUACUGUUCUAUUUCCUGUAUUUAUGUGUACAAGAAUGAAGUAAAUUAUAAAAAUUAUAAGUGUC